AUGCCCUCCGAAGCAAGUGCAUCGGCGGGGAUGGCAACGAUGCCGGCUUCGCAGCUGCCGUGGGCCCAGAUCCCGCAUUUCGUUGCUGGAGAGACCAAUUUGGAGGACUUCGCAAAGAAGCUGGUUUUCCUUUCCUCCAUUUGGCCGGAAGAACACAUUCAACAUUUGGGACCAAGGGUUGUCUUGCAGUGUGAUGCCAUCGCCUUCAAGAAGGUAUCACAGAUUCCCACCGAACGACUGAAGUCCAAAGACGGGCGCAAGGCAAUUUUAGAUGCUUUGGGAGUGCAGUGGGGACGCUUCAAGACCGAAGAUCGUUAUUUGAAAUUUGAGCGGGCGAUCUACUCCACCCAACAGAAACAAGAUGAAAGUAACGACAGUUACAUUGCUCGCCAUGAAGCAUGCUUCGAGGACCUCCUUCAGAAGGACCAUGAAGUUUCCCUGAAGGAGAUUCAAGCGUAUGUACUGGUCAGGCACUCAUCCCUUUCUUCUGAAGAGAAAAAGCGCAUCAUCGUGGACAGCAAUGGGACCCUAAAGUAUGAGACCACCCGAGAAGCUAUUAGGCUUUUGGGUUCAAGGUUCUUUCAGGAUUUGCAGGGAACCUCUCGGGGAAAGCUGAAAACCUAUGAUGUACAUUCAGUGGAGGAGGACAUUGACACGAGUUUAGAUCCACACAAUGCCAAGGGAAAUGGAAAUGAGAUGGUGAGCAUGGCCGAGGACAAUCUGGCAGAACUGCCCGAGGAACUCACAGCGACCUUGCCGGAUGAGCUCCAGGAAGACGCCAAAGGCCAGGAGAAGACCGCCUUUCCACCCAUGGCCAGUUUUCCAGAGUUUGAAACAGUUCAUUUUUCGGAAGAGGAAGGUUUGGAAAUUGUGGCUUGCUCCAGAGCACGGAAGCACUUUUUCUUGAAAGGAGUGGAAAAGGUUGGUUGCGUGUCGAGUCUCCUGAUGGCGCUCAAGAAGAUGGUCCCACAGUUCCAGUUGGAGGAACUCUCCGGGGAGGAGGACUUGUCAUUGACCAGCAAGGCAUCGGACGAAAGGUUGACCUACAGCCAACCCAAGGGGAUCCACAAUCUCCUUCAGUGGGGACAAGAGGCAUUCGAGAGUGGCAAGCACAAGAAGAAGGAGUUUCAAGAGGUCUUCCAGAACGACCCGCAGUAUGUGCAGUACAUCCUGUCUCACACGAGGUUGGUGUCAAACGACAUGCGGAGUUUUCAGAAUUACUGCAAGGCCAUGAAAAAGAAGAUGUCCCAGCAGAUGGUUGCGCAGGGACCUAUUCCAGUUCGCGAAAGUGCCACCUCAGCAAUGUCAACCAAGACGGAUUCAGAGUGGGCGCCCAUCGAUGUCGAGUCUCCCAUGCCAGGGACAAAGAUGCUGGAGUCAACACCGGACAAGAAGCGCAGCCUGGCAGAACCGCCGUCAACAUCAUCGAUGCUGGUCGAACCCAACUAUCAACGUGCACAGGAGUUACGAACACAGAUGGCCAUUCUGCAGAGAGAGCUCGAUCGUCAGGAGAUUGUGAACGAGAUGGUAGGUGGAGAUGGGGCCUAUUGGAAGAACGCCAAGGGAAAGGUGUUUCAUUUCAUGCAUUUUAUUGAUGAAGGGACCUUGUAUCACACCGGUGCUCCAGGGGGUAGAAGUGUAGAUGAACAGAUUCGCUUGUUUGAAGACUGCUGGCUUCAAUGGGCUGGCCCUUGCAAGUUGCUCUAUUUGGAUCCUGCUGGGGAAUAUGUCAACGAUGCUUGGGCGACCUUUCUUCAGAAGGAGAACAUCAGGGCCAAGGAGAAAGAAAUUAAGGCCUGGUUGAAUCAUGAAACUGUGAAGCGAGCUGUUGCUCUAAGUGGGGCAUUGGAUCGACUGUCGUGGAUACGUUUGUUGUGGGAGUGGACGAAGGAUCCCAGUAUAAAUAUCGCAGCUCCAGAGCAGAUCUUGGCAGAUGCUCCGAUUUCAGUUGACCUUCCACUCAUUGCCGACGUGCCGGAGCGAGCCCAGCUGCUGGCAGCAUUGGAUUUGCUGCAGAGUUGGGCACUUUGGCGCAAAGGAAUGGACACGCCAUAG